CUCCUCAAAUGAAGACUGGGUACAGAGUUCCAGGAGGGAGAGAAAGGGGCUAUCAUGGGGUCUUAGGGAAUUUUGAGGGGCAAGUUAUCAGAGCUCUGUCUCUGAACAGGGCUAGAGUGAGAUGGCGGGUUUAGAUAGCCUUUCCCAAGCAUGGGUGUUGCCUCUUUCCACGGUAGCAGGGGCUUGGUCACUGAAGGACGGAGACGUAGGAGACCGGAUCUCCUAGCUCCCUUGGUUGGCCCUUCCGGGAGCCGCCCGGUCUCUAGUGCAGGAAGGGGAAGGGGCCAGAGCUCAGAGGAAGGCGUGGCAGGAAGGGGGCAACGCUGUGGUCAGGGAGCCGCUCGGGAGCCGCUCGCAGAGCACAGCUGCACGGUGCCGUCAGAGCGUCGGAUCCCCAGCUCGCGGCCCCUCAGCCCCUGCCCAAGAUGUUUCCAGCAGUGGUCUUGCUCUUAAUCCUUUUGGUUGAACAAGCAGCGGCCCUGGGAGAACCUCAGCUCUGCUAUAUCCUGGAUGCGAUCCUGUUUUUAUAUGGUAUUAUCCUCACCCUGCUCUACUGUCGACUCAAGCUGCAGGUGCGAAAGGCAGCUACAGCCAGCUAUGAGAAAUCAGAUGGCAUUUACACGGGCCUGAGCACCCGGAACCAGGAGACUUAUGAGACCCUGAAGCAUGAGAAACCGCCACAAUAACUUUAGAACAGAUGCCCUUGGUCACUUCCUUCUUCCACUCUCCUCCCAGCCCUCAUAGCUGGCAUCACAUAUGCCUCCCCGCCGUUAAUGCCAGCUGACCCUAUCCCUGUAAUGACGCUAUGCCCCCCAUUAAUAGACACCAGUGGUUCCUCCUCCCUGUCAAAGACCUCAGAUGCUCUUCAUUAAUGUUUAUAUUCUAGUCUCACCUCUUUAUGCCACCCUUCUCCGCUUCCCCGUCCCCAACUCCCACUAAACGAUGGAAACGGAAGGCACUAACAUCAAUAAAGUUACCGCAGACUGGA